ACAAGAAGUUGAAAGCGACUGACGAUCAUGUUUGAUUUGUAAUGCCUGCUGGCUGCGCGCGCAUCGAUGAUCUCCAGACCGGUUACUUCAGUCUGUUCAUCGGCUCAUGGCGCUGCUGUGUGAGUUGCUGUUAUGACACAAUAGGAGUGUGUAUCGUUAACUAGUGACUGGAGUGAACAUGGGCCGGCACUCCUCAGACAGUGAGGACAACAGUCGAAGCCGGAGGAAGAGGAGACAGAGACAGCGCUCUUCCUCCUCCAGCUCCUCUGGAAGCAGAGUGACCAGCCGCAGCAAACACUCCCGGAGACGAACUCGCUCCAGAGACCGAAACAGAGUCACAGACAGGAGGCACAGAAAUCGUUCCAACAGUAGCUCUUCCAGAGGGUCCAGUCACAGGAGGCGGAGCCGAAGCACAGAUAGGGGGCGGAACCAUAGGUCCCAUAGAUCUGGAUCCCGCAGCCGAAAUAGGAGGUCUCGUUCCCGUCACCGAAGGUCUCGCAGUGGCAGCAGUGGUCGGUCCAGCAGGAAACGUAGUCGCAGCAGAGAACGAGAUCGUGGCCAGCGCAGAACUCGAGACAAAGACAGGACACGAGACAGAACUAAAGACAAAGACAAAGAGACGGAGAAAGUCAAAGAUAAGGAAAAACAAAGGGAAACAGGAAACAUCAAAGCUGGAUUAGAACAUCUGACACCUGCAGAACAGGCCAAAGCACGACUCCAGCUGGUGCUCCAAGCUGCAGCUAAAACUGAUGAAGUACUGAAAGCAAAGGAAAAUAUUAAAGAAGAAAUGACAAAGGAGGAAGAGGAAUUAUCUCUUGCGGAGCAGGUGAGGAGGAUAAAGGAUAUCGAGGCCAUUGAGAGUGACUCCUUUGUUCCUCAGGCUUUCAAAUCAUCUCGGGAUGCCACCAAGGUGACUGAAGCUUCAGAGAUCAAGAAAGAGGCAGAAACCAUAAAAGAGGAAGUCACCAUUCUGCCCACCUCCAUCACAUACAAUGACAGCGACACCCUGGCUCACCCCAAUCUGUUCAUGGAUAAAGAGGAGGCAGAGAGGUUGUGGUUGAACAGACUGAUUUCUCUGCGUCAGGAGAGACUCAUGGGGAGUCCGGUAUCCUGACGACACCCAGCUUCUUGAGACCUCCAAACCAAUGUGGAUGUGAACUUAGUUUUAGCCUCUGUAAUUCCAACAUAUCUCAAAAAGGAGCAAGUGCACCACCUGCUGGUUUCUAUGUGAAAUAUGUUCCAAAAUUAAAUUUCAGCAUGUGCUUAUUCUAAAUCUUUGCUGGUUUGUUUGUUUUACUUUAUAUUAACUGAUAAUGAUAGUAGUCUUAGGGUUUUUUUUACACAUACUUUGUCCUCUAGAUCUUUUUUUUUUUUUUUUUCAGUUUUAAGCUGACAUCCUUCUCAUCAACAUGAAUGUAUGACAAUAAUAUGUAGUGUGUGCUAGUUUUUUUGUUUUUAAUGACCUUGUUGUAAUUCUUGGACAGAACUUGUGUUGUAGUAAUUAAACAGUUUAAAAUUUGACCAGUUGAAAGUGCAGCCACUUAUAUGAACUCAGUUUUAGGAAAGAAUGGCUACAUGAAAACGUUUUGAAAAUUCUCUGUACAGUUUCUGCACCAAGUUGCCUGAGCGUUUGCAGUUUUUACAGCUAUGGGCAGUAGGCAUUGUUUUCUUUGCAUGAGCUGUAAUUCAUGACCAGGCUUUUGUAACUGACUUGAGUAUACAGGUUAAGAGAGGUGAAGUGAGAUAUACUAAUGAAUCUUCAUACAUAUCAGAGACCCAAGAAAAGACAGCUAGGUGGUUUCAGCAAGGAUGAGUUUGAGCAGGAUCUAGUUGUAGCAGUAAAACUUAAAUUAGCAAACACUCAGGAGGGAGUUCAAGACGAAGGAACAGAACAACCACUUAAGAGACAUUCUAAUAGACAUAAGAACGGACAAGGAAUUUAACUGAACAGGGAGUAUAUAUACACAGACUAAAUGAGUGAAUUAACAAGAGGCAGAUGGACACAAUAGGUUGAUAUGAUAACUAGGUCAACUUAGGAAGUAAACACAGGAACUGGGAACACAUAAAUCUAAACCAAAUCAGAACGUAAACCUGACAGUAUCCAUAGGGCAAUCCAGCCAAAAAUGCUCAAGGAGUAUUCAAGGAGAUCCCUUGGUGGCUUGUGUCGGAUGCUACUUCAUUCUGCAAACCCUUAAUUUAGGCAGUUCCUUUGUGAAAUUAGAAGAGGUGUGAUUUGGAAUAAAACUGCAACAUUUAUCUCCAAACAUGGUACACAGACAUCCUCUUUCUGCUAAUUAGAAGUCUAAAGCAAUUCUAUUUUGCAUAGUCAUGUUACUAGUUCCGUCCAUCUACUCGUGCAGAUAAGUUAAAGCCUUAUUUGUGUAAUUAAUCCUGUAGUAAAUAUAACUGAUCCACUCUGUAUUCUUAUUGGGAGUCAACCACAAUAGGAUGGUUUCCAGUCCUAAAGCAAUUUCAUUUCUAACUUUGCACAGCCUCAGCUUCAUCUUACAGACAGACCUCUCUAACCCCAUCUAAGUGCUACAGUAUAUAAUUAAGCUGGUCAGAUGAGGGUCAAUAUAAGUUCCCUGAUGUCCCCUAGACUUUCAUUGGGUUGAGGACUUAAUUGUAUAUAUACAUACAAUUGACAUUGACAAGCUAUUUUACAGAUGUGAUUAUUAUAUAUAAAAAUAAUAAUUAGCAGUUGAAUUUCAUAGUUUGUGCUCUGUUGUUAAGCAAGCUUCUCCAUCCUGCAUAAUUAAUCGCUUCAGCAGCACCUCCUCGGGCAGCCACUGGAGCUCCUUCGUGCUGCCCGGCCUCCUUAGCACCACAAGCCCCCUCAGCAGCAAGGGCUCUUGGAUAGCAUUUCCCUCCUUCCUCCAGGGUUUUGGCACCAGUGUAGCAAAGAUCAUAGUUCAGGGAAGAAGUAUGUGGGAACCGGCAAACAUAUAAUGUAAAGUUUAAUCACCAAAACAAAACAUGUAAUAAAACAACAAAAUAAAAUGUCCCUGGUACUUUCUCACCUUC